CCGCAAAAGCAAAGAAAGAACGAUUGCAAAAAAUGGCUAUAUCUUCAUCCAAAUGCAGAAGCAAUUGCCAUGUUAGGUCAAUUAGCUUGCCUUCAAGAUCCCAUCCCACCACUCUCAGGAUUGUUGAUUUGAUCAACAAGCUACAAUCAUCAUGGGACGCGGCCUCGACUUUGUCCUCUGGGUCGGUCUGCGCUGGGCUCUCGGGCCUCGAGGAAGUCUAUGUUUGCUUGGAUGAUCUCCUCAACAUGAGAUCAACUCAACAAACCCUCUCUUGCAGCCAACAGGAGGGAUUCAUUAACGAGCUAUUGGAUGGAUCAGUCCAGCUACUAGAUGUUUGUGACUACACUAGGCAAACCUUGUUGCCUCUUAAGGAGCAGGUGCGCUCGCUCCGAUCCGCUCUGCGCCGGAGAAAGGGUGAAUCGGGCAUCGAGACAGGUGUUGCGGAAUACGCCAACUUCAGGAAGAGAAUGAAGAAGGAUGCCAAAAGAUUGAUGGCUGCGUUGAGGAAGAUGGCGACCAAGCUUGAAGAUUAUGAACUGGAGAAUGAAGAUCACCACCUCUCAUCUGUGAUGAGAGUGGUGAGAGAUGCUAAUCUGUUGGGCACUUCAAUUUUCCAAUCUCUAUUGUCAUUCAUGGCAACGCCAGUGUCAAGGCCUAACAAGCAAAUUAGCAGGUGGUCCAUAGUGUCCAAACUGGUGCACACAAAGGGGGCAAUAUCUUGGGAUCAAGAAGAGAAGCAAGUGGAUCUGAAUGAGUUGGAAUGUGUGGAUCGUGCCUUAACCACAAUGUGCAAGCACAUUUCAAGAGAAGGGGUUGAUGGGGAGAAGUUGCAAGUCGCACAAUGCAAAUUGGAGGAUUUGGAGAUUGAGAUUGGAAGGAUUGAGGAUGCCUUAGAAGGCCUGUACAGGUUCUUGAUUAGAACAAGGGCCUCUCUUUUGAACAUUAUGUCACAAUAGAGGAAACUUUUUCAAUUGCACAAUUUUGUUCCUUGUACAUGCCGAUCAUUGGGAUCCGGCGAAGUGCCGCUGUCCUAUAGAAGGUAUACAUCAUAUGUAUAGUGAAAAAAAUAGAAAAUAAUAAUAUUAUUAU